UAAACAGCGGUGAUCGGCAAAGCCUAACAUUCACUCGCAUCUUCUGCCUUAAACUAGCAAUCUUUCUUGUGAGAUUUGAGUAGCAUAAGAUUUCAACAAGUCAUGACUUUCAAAGCUUUCCUUUUGCUGGGCCUUCUGUUUGGCUCUGUGGUUCUCAUCUCUUCCACUGUCGCAGCUGAGACAUCCAAAGAUGAGAAGAAAGUGGAUGAGGCACAGGAAGCGAACCCCGUAGAUGACGCAAAACCAUAUUGCGGGUGUUGCACUCGUUAUGGCUACUAUAGAUGCGGCCCACAAUGUUGUCGGCAACCUGAAGCUGAUGAUCAGCCUCAAGAAGUAGGCGAUAGCCUUGAAACGAACCGGCCUGACGGAUAUGGAUAUGGUGGAGGCGGCUACGGAGGGGGCCGUGGUGGAGGCUAUGGAGGAGGAGGCCGUGGAGGUGGGGGCCGCGGUGGUGGCUAUGGAGGAGGAGGCCAUGGAGGUGGCCGCGGGAGAGGUGGUGGAGGAGGCGGCUAUGGCCGAGGCGGUGGCGGUGGCGGUGGCGGAGGAAACUGAAAGGCCCCGAGCUAAACCCACUAUAUGAGAGAACUAUGUACAUAUAGAAAUCGUUCGUUCUUAAAGUAUGGUAGAGAAGAACAGAUGAAUAAGCUCUCCAUGUAUGCAUGGGAUCAUGUACGUAUAUGUAAUAUGUUUUUUCCAUGCACGAGGAUGAGUGCAUGAUAAAAGGGUCAAAUAUCACCUGACUUGACCCCAGCUAGCUAGCUCCAAGGACUGACCAUAUAAGUCAUUGUAGCUGGUUUAUGUGUUAUAUAUAUAUAUAAAAGAGUAGUAUCUUCACUACUUUCUACUUGUUUUUAAUGUUGCUUUUU